AUGAUUUCCAAAAACAAUUUAGAAUUUUCAAAUUUAGAAAGUAGCACAAAAAUUGACCAAAAAGUAAAAAAAUUAAAUUUCAGUAAUGUAAAAAAAUAUAAAACUAUAAGAGCUAACAGAUCAACUACAAAAACAAAAAGAGAAGUUUUUGAUAAUUUAAGAAGUAAAAUUACAGAAGUUCGAAGUAUUAAUGAGAGUGAUAUUAUAGAAGUAAAUUCUUUUUAUUAUUUUUUAAAUGAGUUACCUGACAAGGUGCAAGAAUAUGAAGUUAAAAAUCAAGAUGAAAAUUUAGAUAUUUCUCAAAUUGACGAAAUUGAAAAAGAUGAUGCUACCAAAUUAAGUUCAAAAUAUAGUAAAUUAUUAAAAUCACAACAUGAAAAAACAAAAGAUCGUAGCAUUCACACAACUAGUAAUAUAAAUCAAACAGUAGAAAAUCAAAAAACAUGUUAUUUUGACAACAAAAAAUCAAUAGAGAUACAGGAGGAAUGUAAAAAUUUGGCUAAUGAAACAUUAGAAGUCAAAAAAGAUUUAUUCUAUAAAAAAAGAGACAUACGUCCACUUUUAAUUUCUAAUAAACAAAAGUUAUAUCUUGAAAUUUUACAAGAAUUAAAUAAUGAAAAAUUUAGUUUACCAUGCCGUUGUCCACCAGAUAUAAAAGUGAAUCCUUUUCUUUGGAUAUCAAAAAAAAGUAAAAAUUUAACACAAAUAAUAGAAUGUAUAAUUAGAAUUUUAUUUGAUAAAAGUAGAGGAAAAUCUUUCUAUGAACGUAGUGCCUUUUGGCCUUGUUUAACAGAAUAUUUUUUUUAUAAAAGUAAUGAAAAUAUUGUUUUAAAUGACAGUUUACAAAUAAAAGAAGAUAAAACUUUUUUAUUACCAAAUAAUGAAACUACUCUUCCAUUAAAUGAUAACAAUUAUAAAAAAAAAAUUGAAAAAAUUGAAGAAGAUGCUGAAUAUGAGGGUUUAUAUUCUUUUGGUUAUAAUCAUCCAUGUUAUUAUAAUGAUGAUCCAAUACAAUUUUUCUUUGUUAAAAGUAAUAAUGAUACAUUAGCUUGUGCUUUUGUAAAAUAUUUUGUACGUGCAAAAUAUUUAAUAAUAUUUUCACAUCCAAAUGGAACAGAUAUUUCUGAUAGUAUAAUAGGAUUUCCAAAUCUCCUUGAUUUUGCAAGAUUUAUGGAAGUAAAUAUAAUAUCAUAUGACUAUAGUGGAUAUGGAAUUAGUAAUGGAAUACCUAAUGAAAGUAAUCUAAUUGAAAAUCUUCAAUCUAUAUUAGAAUAUUCAAAAAAUAUUUUAAAAUAUCCAGAAGAACGUAUAAUUUUAUGGGGAUAUUCUCUUGGGGGUGCUAUAUCAUCAUUAGUAGCUAAAAAUAAUAAAAAUAUUGGUGGUCUUAUAUUAUAUGGAGCACCAGCUUCAAUAAAAGCUGUUGUAAAGACAAGAAUUUUUAUGAAAAAAAUUAUUAAAGAUAAAUAUAUUAUAAAUACUCCAUUUAAUACAGCUGAAGCUGUUAAAGAAGUUGAGUGCCCAACAUUAGUUAUACAUUCCAAAGAUGAUAAUUUGAUUUCACAUGUUCAUGGAUUAAAAAUAUUUCAAAACGCAAAGAAGCCUGUCUUACCAUUACUUCUUGAAAAAUCGAAGCACGAUUAUAUGGAUGUAGCAUCUGAAGGAUGGAAAAAAAUAAGAGAAUUCUUAGAAUAUGAAAUAGCAUUUAUUCAUUCAGAUAAUGUAACAUCAUCCAUAAGACGUUUAUCUUAA